AUGUCUGAUCCAAAUAGUGAGAUUGAUAAUUCUCCUGAAGCUAUUGCAAAGGAAAAAGCUGAACAAGCUGCUUUAGGUUACGAAUGGAAACAGACCCUUGAGGAUAUUACUGUAACAAUUCAGGCUCCCAGCGGGACUAGGGCUAAAAAUUUAAAGAUAGAAAUCAAAAAGGAUAGGUUGUUUGUCAAAAUCUUAUCAACUGGCGAUCUAGUUAUCGAUGAUAGUUUGUUUAGUAAUAUUGACUACUCCGAAUCAACUUGGUCAAUCAUCGACAGAAAGGAAGUGGAAAUCACAUUGGUCAAGUACAAAAAAGAAUGGUGGCCCCAUGUAGUUAAGUCUGCACCAAAAAUUGAUGUCAGAAGAAUUGAGCCUGAGGUCUCCAAAAUCAGUGAUCUCGACGAUGAAUCAAAAGCAAUGGUCAAUAAAAUGUUGUGGGAACAACAAGAAAAACAAAAACUAGACCACGACUUGAAACAUGGAAAGAACAACACCAGUGAUAGUAAUGUCAGCAAUCUUUUGGAUAAAAACAAUUUCAACUCAACUGAUGGUGGGGUCUUAUCUGAUAAGCAAAAGUACGAUAUUUUGGAGAGGUUCAAAGCCCAGCACCCAGAAUUGGACUUUUCAAAGGCCAACGUUGCUUAA